AUGGCUAAGGUAACAGUCUUGAGCAGUUUUCCUUUUCCUCAAGGAAAAGUCUUGUUAUCACUGACAAUCAUUGCUUCGUCCUUAUUUGUUGUAAGUGAAACAAAUUUAUGCACAAACUGCACCGCGAGUCAAGCCUGUUGUUUCGAUGUUUGCGUUGAAGGACCAAACUGCUUAGGACAGUUUUGCCAUUACGACGAGCAUUGUUCUGAGGGUGAAAUUUGUUGUAGUUCUAAAUGUGUGGACAGAUCUAGUACUGUAGGAUGCCCUUGUCAAAACGAUGGACAGUGUUCUACGAGUCAACAUUGUUGUAACUUUACAUGCGUGAAUGCGUCAAACUGUUUAGGGAAAAAAUGUGAGAAUACGACGGAAUGCCCUCACGGACAGAGAUGUUGUGCCAAUACUUGCGUUCGGGGACCGAGUUGUGUGGGACUCAGUUGUAACAUUGGCUAUCCGAAAUGCUCAAACGGCGAGAGUUGCUGCCACAACAAGUGCUUGAAGGCACAGAGUUGUUGGGGCCAAAGCUGUAAGAAAAACUCCGAUUGUGGCUCAGGUGAAAAAUGCUGUAUUAAAACGGGCAAAUGCGUAGGACCUCAUGAAUGUGAAGACGUAUCAGAGAUUUACUGCCGGAAAGAUAGCCAUUGUCCUUAUUCAGCCACCAAAAAAUAUUAUUGUUGCGAUCAUAGAUGUAGCGAGGAAAGCUUUUGUGAGAAAAAGUUAGUCACCAUUUUUACACCAGUUGCUGUUUGUGUUUUUAUAGCCGUUAUUAUCGUAUCCAAUAUUUUUCGACACCGGAGGCAAAGGAUUCAUCGAGCACGACAAACACGGGUAUUAACGAAUAAUGAAGCACAAGCACAGGUUUACCAAAAUUACCAAGCACCACCGCCGUACCAACCAGAGGAUUCUUGCUACCCCCCACCAGAAUAUGAACAGCAUCAAUCGGAGAUGUCUGCAUCGUACAAUCCCGCCAUGAUAAGGGAGGAUGAACUGCCUCCCCCUUAUAGUGCUGAACAACAAGGAGAAUCCGGGGGGCAAGUGCGUGCAUCUGAAGCCUCCUGA